AUGGAUUUCUUUGCGGGGGCGAGAGUAAUCCGCCUGCGGAGCUUCUACCAGAAGUACCUCGUGGCGAAGGAAGACACGACUCGCGUGGGGAUGGACCAAGAUGGCUUCUCGGAUGGCGCCCGGUGGACCGUCGAGAUCAUCGCUAACGAGCAGCGGCUCCGCUUCCGGAGCUCGUGGAAUCGCUACCUCGCCGCCGACAACAAUACGGUCUCCCAGCAGCUCCCCGAUCACGUCGGCGUCCGCGGCGAUUGGCAGCCCCUCGCUGUCGGCCCUCACGUCCUUCUCAGGUGCAACGACGCCGACUAUCUCCGGGCGCAGGACCGCCACCUGCCGUGGCGCGCGUCCGUGACGCUCCACACGCCGUCGUGGCAGAGAUCCCGGGCCCCGUUUUACUGGGACGUUGAAAUCCUCGAGGCGGAGCAUCCGCCACUCCUGCCGCCGCCCCAAGCAGCAGCACCGGCGCCCUCUUCCAUGGCGUUGCAGAGGCUUCCUCCUCCUCCACCAUGGCAGCCACCCUCUCCUCACCCACCAAUGCAGCUGCUGCCUCCUCGGCCACGGCAUCGCUGGUCCCCUCCGCGGUGA